UUGACCAGCGUCGCAACUGAGCGAUGCGCCUUUGGCAGACUCUCGACCUUUCUUUCUUUUCUUUUUUUUUUUUCGCGGAAGAUUUUAUCGCUUAGAAAAACACGCUUAAAUUCGAGUGACAGUUACUUUCGUCUAUUUGCUGUAGUAUUACAAUCCUUAUUUCAGGGUAAUAUUGAAAGAAAAGUCUUCCCAGGACAAGAUUUUCCAUCGCAUAUGUGAAAAGUGUUGGUUCUUUAAUAGGCGUUAUUCCUCCCCGACGAGUCCAUGCGGAGUGUUUUCAGUCUUAACAAGGCUACAGAUUGAUCGCUUUGUGAAACUUGCCAGUGACAACUCAGUCGAAAAAAUGGUAUAGAAAAACGCCGGACAACCUGGCUUGAUCUGAGUGAAUUGUGGGCUCGUAAGGCUCGACAGCAUCUUCAGGCAGACCACGAGCGCGCAGGAGGCAGAUACGCGCAGAUACAAGGUGGUCAACAAUCAGCCACCAUGCUCUCACUGGACGAGCCGCUGGACUUGAAACUUCCAUCUGGACGAACAGGUGUUCCUGUGAUAUUAGGGAAGAGACCUUGUCCUUCCUCACUCUGUGGACCUUUUAGUGCCACACGACCCCGGCUACAAUGUGCAACAUUCCCAUCACCCCCUUCAUCUCCAGAUUCCCAGUCUUCCUCCCAAGAACGACCCAGGUCCUGCUUCACUCCUCCAGCCAUGGACCUCAGCUUGUCACCGUAUUCCCGCCAUGUCACCUCCCUCUCCCCAUCUCCAUCCUCCCCUUCACCCCCGUCUCCCGCCUCACCCUUGGAGUCCCCUCACAGCAGCACCAGCCCUCAACCAACUCCCUUUUUUCAGGAAGGGACACAUCAUCGCGGCAUUGAAGGUGGAGCUUCUCAGCACAGUUAUCCAUUUUAUCUCCCGAUCAGCAGCCCACCGAAGGGCUACAGCUUUCCCUCCUCCAUGUUUGUAAGCCAGCACGGUGAGAAACCAGUUUUCCCAGAACCCUUGGUAGAUGGUCAGCUGGCCUGUCGGUGGAUGAAGUGCCACCUGCUGUUUGAAACGCUGCAGGACUUGGUGGAUCACAUCAAUGACUUCCACGUCAAACCUGAGAAGGAUUCCGGUUACUGCUGCCAGUGGGAGGGCUGCGCUCGAAAUGGGAGGGGCUUCAAUGCCAGAUACAAAAUGCUGAUUCACAUCCGCACACACACUAACGAAAAGCCACACCACUGCCCAACCUGCAACAAAAGCUUCUCACGUCUGGAAAACCUGAAGAUUCACACCCGCUCACACACAGGGGAAAAACCCUACAUUUGCCCGUAUGAAGGCUGCAGCAAACGCUACUCCAACUCUAGCGACCGCUUCAAGCACACUCGCACCCACUAUGUGGACAAGCCUUACUACUGCAAGAUGGUAGGCUGCCUGAAGCGCUACACAGAUCCCAGCUCGCUACGCAAGCACAUCAAAGCCCAUGGGCACUUUGUUCCCCAGGAGCAAGGCCCCACCAGCAAACUCGGGAUGGGGCAGGGCGACUCUGGGCACCGGAGUGCCGGUCAAGUGCCCUCUGUGGGCGGGGGACAUGUUCUCAUCCCCGGGGCUGCUGCAGCUCUUCUUGGGGGCCUCGGAACCUCCUUGCCACUUUCUGCUCUCUACCAUGCCAGAGCCUUUGGCCAUCAUGGGGCACCACUCUUUUCUAUGGGUGGUGGAGGAGGAGGAAGCUGUAUAGCACCCCUCGGCCUCUCAGACUCCCCACUGUUACACUUUGGACUCUCAGCUGCAUCCAUGAUGGGGCUGAGAGCUCUGGGAAGCCUGGGGCAUGUGUCAGGGAAGGAGCCAGAGGAUGAAGAGGAAGAGGAUGAAGGAGAAGAAGGGGGAGUACUUAAUUUGUCUGCAGGGGUAGGAUCCAGACAGAAAGACCCUUUUUCUUGGGUGGUGGUUCCGUCAAGGGCACUUUUUCUUAAACCAACUGUUGUCAGUUAGAAUGGUUUGUCUGCGGUGAAUAGAGCCUGGGAGUCUUUCUUUCUGUUUGCAUUUGAAGUCAUACGUGUCUGGGUGUGAAACAGAAAGUACGCCCUUUUAAAUUAUAUGAUACAAAUCCGGACAUUAAAAAAAAAAUCAUCUGGUUCUUACUUCUCUUACAGUUAUAUAAAUAAAACCUCUGACAAACAAUACGACAUGGCAUAAUUUAGUGUGUCAUUAUUCAUUGAACAAAAACUAAGCCAAAUCUCAGAAGCAGCACAUGGACAUACUAAACAGACCUUAGUUGCUUCCAUAUAUAUUAAAUAGGUAAGCAGCAGCCCAGUGCUGCCAUUCCAACGCACUAACGUUAGCAACAUCAGCAAGUUUGGGCACUUCUAUAAAAGUUUUGGCAUUUGCUUGUCUGAAGCAUUCAUGGGUGUGUCAACACAAUACUAAGAAGGAAAGACAUAAUUGACAGUAAUUGCUGCCUGACAAUCUGUGAAGAGUUACAAGGCCAUUUCUAAAUAAUUUAGUCAAAGUUUACCAAGGUUAACCUGGGGUCAAACCAGGCAAUACGCAGAGAUAAUAAUACACACACGCACACGCACGCGCGCACACACACACACACACACACACACACACACACACACACACACACACACACACACACACACACACACACACACACACACACACACACACACACACACACACACACACACACACACACACACACACACACACACACACACACACACACACACACAGUUUUCAGUUAGCAUGUCAAAUAGACAGCACAAGAGAGACGUUAGAUGUGUAACUUGUGUUAAAGGUGGUUAUAGAAGUUAUUGCAUGAGGGACUAUGCUAAAUUUUUAGUUUGGCUAAGUUUUUGUGAAAUAAAUAAAGGCGCAAUGUAAUUUGUUUUUUGCUGCUCUGAGAUAUUUAUUGAAUUUUAAGACCUUUCCACAUGAAAAAACCUGUCCUCUUUUAAAGUUAUAAUGGUCAGUUAACCCAAACCAUAUAUCCACAAACUGAUGAGCCAUAACAUUAUGAGCAGUGCCAGGCUAUGUGAGUAAAUAAUGCUCUGCUGGACAAAACCAAGAAUUCACAUUAAUGUUAUUUAGGCACUUACCACAUAGAUAAAAAUGUUUGCAGACCAAUUACAACCCCCACCAUUGCAACAUUAGCCCCUUAGUUACCUAGAUUCCUUGUGUUCAUUUGGUCUCCAAACAUCACACAUUCGAGUCUCCUGGGAUCUGAUGGUAUCUGUCCUUACUUGAUGAACACUGCAAUGAGAAAGUCAAAUACACUUACUAGUUAACCUAAGAAAAGCAAUGUUUAUGUAAACCAAAAGAAUAUCUAAAUAAAAACUGCCCUUAAAGUUGGAAUAUUUGUCAAAAAAAGAGGAACAUUCCUGAAAUCAAAAUUAUUCUAACUUCCAACAAGUGUAUGUGCAAAUUACGUAUACAGUAUAUGCCCCAAAACCUUUAACACAGAGUGUUGAGUGUUCAUCAGGCAAAUGAAAAAAUAAAUAAAUAAGAGUGACAAAAAAAAUCUAGAUUAUAGGUAACAGUAAAAAGACUAUGGUCCCAACAGCUGAGUUCAAAACUUCAAAUUGUCAGUUGUUAACUCGACUGGUUGAAGUAACAGUGGCUAAAUGCAUUUCUUAUAUGCAGUUUGUUUGAAGUGUGCAGUUGCCAGUGGCCACUUCAGUUCCUAUAUUGCUGAUUGAACAGAAUGACACUUUGCUGUUAAAAUCAGGAUGUUCCCAUAAUUAGAACCGGUUUACUAGAAAUGAAAUGCUGCAUCCAGAGCUUUGUUAGGACGGCCUUUUACAUGGCAUUGGACUCCAGUGAGAUGCAAAAUUACAUCUCUGGAUGGCUAGAGAGCCUUCAGUGUAAGAAGAGGGGUAUGUUUGAUUUGGAUUAACUGACCUGUCCAUAAGUCCUUUCAUUAACUACCUUGAUUUUACAUCCUUUUUUUUCAGCAGACAAAACCUAAUACAGAUAUUAGGUUUGCCAGUUUUCUGCUCGACAACCCCUGAUGAUUGCUGCUUGACCCAAAUUUGUACUGAUAUAUUGGGGGAUAGCAGUUAUGGGGAGCAAUAGGAGAUACGGUCUAUACGCAACUGCCUGUGGUACUGAAAAACACUGUAGACUUGAUGAAGAUCUAUCUUUUCCUCUUAUAUUUAUCUAUUUCUUUUUUUCAUGCAAUGUUACUGCUUGUGCAGUUGGGAGGGAUUUGACACCAUCUCUCAUGAAUGGUAAACAUGUCAAGUAUUUAUGGUACAGCUGUUUACAAGAUAUUUAUAUGCUUGAAAACAUCAUUUUGAAGAAUAAAAUAAAACUGCACAUAGCUACAGAAUGGAUUUAGGGGAAGUUUAAGGCAAAUCUUUUGAUCUCUUACUCACAGUUUUGCCAUGCAAAGGUUUCGGGGGAAUUGGGCUCACACACCAGCUGCUAUGUGUGUUAAGUGCAACUGAAAGCACUACUCACCUGCUUGAUAUCUAAGCCCCUGGCAAACAACAUCCCUUUGAGGACAAUCAAACGCCUACCAACACACACGAAGGAAGACCUUGACACAGACUCCAUUGAAUACAUUUACAACACCGCAGUAUGUGAUGUAGGAUUAUUAACUCCAUUUGAUACAUUUACAACACCGCAGUGUGUGAUGGAGGAUUAGUAUCCACGCAGAGCUGUGUGGAUGACCAUGUGACCCUUGAGGUCGCGAGGAAAAAAACUAAUGCAUGACGCAACUGAAUGUACGUCUAAGAUUGACCUCUUUGUUUGUAGGUAAUAUUUGCUCAUUCGCUCUUUUUUUUAUUAAUCAUCAAAGACAAUGAUCUACACAUGAUCAGCCCUGCCUGUUUAAAUAACUGAGACACGCAUUUAAGGAAGUAAAACAUGGACAAAGGUGUGUAUAAGUACACAUUUGCUUUAGAUUAAUCAUCAGACGCAAAGGUACAUCAGAAGAAGCCAAAUAAGAGUUAAAACCCUCUGGGGGUCCUUCAAGUUUUGAGAAACAUAUAUGAACCUCAUCACAAUAGCUUUUUUUUUUACUGCAUGUUAGACAUUUUUAUCAUACUUUACUCCAUGGACUACAUGACAAUAGUCAUACACAGUACAGUCAAAGCACUCAGGUUGUGCUCGUCAAAUCAUAGCAAUUUUGUGUUAUAUCACAGUAUCAUAUGUGUACAUUUUAUUAUUAUUAUUUUAAAAUCAAAAACCUGAUUUGAAAAACUAGUAGAAUGAAAUAAUGCCUAAGACCCUACAGGGUAAAAAAUAAAUAAAUCAGUCUUUGGACUAUUUUUGAAGGGUUAAUGUUUGACAGUGGCCACAUGUGACUGGUAUUGUAUCGAUUUGUCUUGUAUUCCUGUUUGCACAUCAAAUUAACCUAAUCAGUAUUUCAAAGAUAUCCAAGUGCCUUGGAAAAUAUAUCACACAGUAUAUGAGAAUAUUUACAGAGGUUUAAAGUGUAUAAAUCUACUUUUUGUAACAUUUUAGCAAUCUUUAACAACUUGACAACAGAUGUUAUUUGUACAUCAGGGCCACUGUAACUUCCUUGGACAUACCAGUGUUUAUGAUACAACUCAUGCUUUUUGUCAAUAAACACAUGAAAGG